AUGACUACCGCACCACACAUGCCGGCUAAGGCGCAUAGCUCCGAAGAUGUGCACGCGCGACCAAAGGGUGCGUCCAAACCAUGCCUGCAGCCGCAGCAAACAGCUAACCAGAAACCAAAAGGCAUCCUCAAGAACUCCAACUCCUUCACCGGCCAAGCUGCUCCCUCUCCCUUGACAGCGAGCUCUCCACCCUCUGUACCAACAAUCUCCGAACCCGAAGAAACAAAGGAACUCACUCUCCAAAACACCCUGCAAAACGCAGGCCGCCGGAGAUCCUCCUCCACAACCCGCCCAGGGACAAACUCACGCCGCCAGUCCGCCGCUAGCGCUGUUGAUGAAAACGAGCCCCGUCUCAAAUGGGAUGAAGCAAAUCUCUACCUAACCGAACAAGAGCGCACAGCAAAGAUGAAGAUCGACGAGCCCAAGACCCCAUAUGCCCCGCACUACGACCCCGCCGAAGACGACGAACAAAUCCGCCGAGACGAGGCCCAGAGCAACCUCCUUGAUGCCCAGGGAAUUAUCGUCGACGAGCUCGAGCAGGCCAAGUCGCCGCACCGCAAGGCUGUGUCCGACCUGGAGAUCCCGGAUUUGGAACUUGGCGAGCCGGAGGAGAACUUCCAGCUUGGCGCAUCAUCGGAUGAUCCCCGUGUUUUCCGUGACCGCAGUAUGAGCAUGGAUUCGCACAAGAGCGAAAAGCAUGUCCAUGUUGGUGCUGGAGCGAAUGGCGCCGAUGCGCCAGUUGAUGAUCCGCUUUUGUCUACUGAGGAGGCUCGUGAGAAACAUCGCCAUUUCGAGGAGCAGCGGAAGAGACACUAUGAAAUGCGGAAUAUCAAGGAACUUCUUGCUCACCCGGAGGAUAUGGAUGAGGAAAUGGAAGAUGAUGAUGGAACCGAGCCGGGCGUGCCACCUCCUAUGCCUCAACUGCCUCAGCGAUUCCACAGUGGACAAUAG